CGUUCAAACAAACCAACCAAACCGUUCAAAUGUCAAUCUUUUAUCUAAGCCAACUCAUAUAAAAUCAUGUCAUUUUAUUUUCAUUUCAAGCACUUAAACUUAUAAGAGCCAAUUUUACCAAAAAAAGAAAUCUUAAAUUACGCUUUUCUUCUUCUUCUUUUUUUUUUUAUUUUUAUUUUUUUAUGUAACUUUUAAAGAUGCAAAAAGAAUAGAGAAAUGAGCCCAAAAAAGAGAAUUGUUUGCAGAGUGAAACCCAGCUCCAAUUGAAAAAUGGAAGCCCAAUCGAAAAUUAGGAUGAAAAUUUUGAAGAUAGAAAUUCUGGGUUUUAUCCAAAAAGAUUUAGCAGCUCUUCUUGUUCAUUUUCUGAAACUUUUGCUCUCUUUCAUUUAGCCUCAUCAAUGGCAUCUUCUUUAUCCACUUUCCAUCACCUCAGCUCUUCAUUUUCAUCCCGAACCAUCGACAAUGCCAAACUUUCAUCUUCUCUUUGUCCUUCACCCGCCACCUUAUCUUCAAACCCCAACAUUUCUCUCCAAUUCCUCAACAGAAAACAACCCCCAUUCGUCUCUUCAACUCCAAGGUUCUUAACUGUUAUCGCCAUGGCUCCUCCUAAACCGGGUGGCAAAGCCAAGAAAGUGGUUGGGCUGAUAAAAUUAGCUCUGGAGGCAGGCAAGGCGACACCGGCGCCGCCUGUCGGACCGGCGCUUGGAGCAAAGGGUGUAAAUAUAAUGGCCUUCUGUAAGGAUUACAAUGCUAGAACUGCUGAUAAAGCUGGUUAUGUUAUCCCUGUCGAAAUUACUGUCUACGAUGACCGAAGCUUUACUUUCAUUUUGAAGACACCCCCUGCUUCUGUUUUGUUACUGAAGGCAGCAGGAGUGGAGAAAGGUGCCAAGGACCCGAAACAAGAGAAAGUGGGGAAGAUCACGAUCGAUCAAUUACGUGCAAUCGCUACUGAAAAGCUACCUGAUCUGAAUUGUACAACCAUUGAGUCGGCUAUGAGAAUUAUUGCUGGGACAGCUGCUAAUAUGGGAAUUGACAUCGAUCCACCGGUUCUCGAACCGAAAAAGAAAAAAUUGGUUCUGUAGUUGCUUACUUUUUGUUAUUUGUUUCAAUAUUUGCUAGUACUAUGUUUGCCCCAUAUUGCCAUUUUACCCUAUAAGUGUAAGUUCAUUAGAAAAUCCUCUAGAUUUUGAUACAUGUUUGUAUUGUAUUUUAAUUAUUUUUUCGUAUAGUCUCUUGAUUGAUUACUAUGCUUUGUUGGUAAA